AAUUUGUAUACAAUGGCAGAGACAAAUAAAGGAAAAAGUGAAGAAGAAGUUGCAAGGGCAUUUGUGAAUCACUAUUACCAUCUCUUUGACAAUGAUCGAUCUUCACUUUCCACUCUCUACAAUCCCACCUCGUUGCUUGCUUUUGAAGGCCAAAAGAUCUACGGCGUGGAAGAUAUCUCCAAUAAGCUCAAACAACUUCCGUUCGGUCAAUGUCGUCAUAUGAUCAGCACCAUUGAUUCUCAGCCGUCUUCAAUGGCUGGUGGCUGUGGCGGAAUCCUUGUUUUCGUGAGUGGUAGCCUCCAUUUACACGGCGAGGAUCAUCCUCUUAGGUUUAGCCAGACUUUUCACUUGGUCCCUCUUCUACAAGAAAGUUUCUUCGUCCAAAACGAGAUGUUUCGGCUCAACUAUGGUUGAAGUUAUAUUAACUUCCAUGUUUGGAAAUGAAAUCCGACCCCCUAAUAAUAUAGUCAAUAAUUCAAAGAAAAUCAAUCUUUCAUAUCGAGUUUAUAAAAAUAAAUUGAUAUCUUGCUCUGUUUUAUGUUCAUAUAUGUGAGCAAAGUUUCAAAUUGAUUUAUAUUAUAAGAUGAAGAAUCGAACAUUUUUU